UCAUGUCGGCUAAACACGGCUAUUUCCGCCAUAACAUCGCUGUGGCUGCUCCAUUCAGCACAAAUCACCAUGAAUCCACUAACAAAGGUGAAACUGAUCAAUGAGCUGAACGAGCGAGAGGCCGACCUUGGGGUGAAUGAGUCUGUUUCCUGGCACACUGAGUACAAAGACAGCGCCUGGAUAUUUGUUGGAGGAUUUCCAUACGAGCUGACUGAAGGUGAUAUUAUCUGCGUCUUCUCUCAGUAUGGAGAGGUGGUAAACAUCAACCUGGUGCGAGACAAGAAAACAGGGAAGUCCAAAGGUUUCUGUUUCAUCUGCUACGAGGACCAGCGGAGCACCAUCCUGGCUGUGGACAACUUCAACGGCAUCAAGAUUAAAGGUCGAACCAUCCGUGUGGACCACGUUAAAGACUACCGUCCUCCUAAAGACUCAGAGGACAUCGACGAUAUCACCAAACAGCUGAGAGAGCAGGGCUGCGCCCCCAAAGUCCCCCCGCCACCCUCCUCCUCCUCAGAAGACGACGAGCAGUACGCCAUCCCUACGAAGAAGCUCAAAAAAGAAAAGAAAGAAAAGAAGAAAAAGAAGAAAGAGAAGAAGGAGAAAAAGAAAGCUGAGAAGGAGAAAGAAAAAGAGCGGGGGAAACACUCCUCCUCUUCUUCUUCUCCUUCUCCUCCUGUAAGAGUCAAAGAGGAGAAGCAGGACGCUGGCUAUGACAAAUAUAACCAGAGGGGGGCGCCACCAGAAGGACAAGAGAACGGGCAGAGAGCAGCAAAGGAGAGGGAGGAUGACAGGAGGAGGGACCGAGAGAGAAGCAGAGAAAGAGAGAGCGAUAGGAGGAGAGAGGCGGACCGAGAGAGAGACGGGGACAGGAGAAGAGAGGCGGACAGAGACGGUGAAAGAAGAAGAGAAACAGGCCAUGACAGGGAUCAUGAUAGAAAAAGAGAGAUGGACAGAGACAGCGACAGAAGGAGAGAAAGCGACAGAGAUGGUGAAAGAAGAAGAGAAACUGACCGAGACAGAGACUACGAUAGACGAAGAGAGAUGGACAGAGACAAGGAUAGAAGAAGAGAGACGGACCGGGACAGAGAGAGUGAUAGAAGAAGGGAGACAGACCGGGACAGAGAGAGUGACAGAAGAAGAGAGACGGACCGGGACAGAGAGAGUGACAGAAGAAGAGAGAUGGACCAGGACAGAGAGAGUGACAGAAGAAGAGAGAUGGACCAGGACAGAGAGAGUGACAGAAGAAGAGAGACGGACCGGGACAGAGAGAGUGACAGAAGAAGAGAGAUGGACCGGGACAGAGAGAGUGACAGAAGAAGAGAGACGGACCGGGACAGAGAGAGUGACAGAAGAAGAGAGACGGACCGGGACAGAGAGAGUGACAGAAGAAGAGAAAGUGAGAGAGAUCGGUCACGUAAACACUGA